CGAGUCCGCGCAUGCACGCUCCCGUGGACGCCGCGCGAGCGCCGGGGCACGCGCUCUAGGCAAGCGACCGCCAUUUUGAUCCGAAUAUAAGAGAGAAUAUUUUUUUCUUGCACAAGCCUGGAAGCAGUGGUCAGGAUUGAGAACAUAGGAAGAAGAAGGGGAAUAAUUAGGAUAAAAAAAAAAACUUUGCAUGAAAUAGAAAAACGAAUGAGCAAGAUCCUUAUAUCAGACGGAUAUAUCUGCGCUUGUUUGUUUGUUUACUGGAGGGGGUUUAGCGCCGGAGGAAUUACGCCCCCCCGCCACCCCCUGUAAGAACAGUUUCUUGGAGGCUUGCAUGCGAAGGAAUUGUCCUGCAUUUCUAAGGUUCUGAAAGAUACUGACAUCAAGCCACUGAGGCUUCCAUGACGGUGAAGGAAAGAAUUUCUCAGUCUGCGCACUUAUCUAUCUGGAAGACAAAUGUUUGUCUGCCUAAGAAAAAGGUUUAACUAAACACAUACCCAUUUUGUUACCAGUUCUGUGUGUCCAGUGAAAAUGUUCUGGAAGUUUGACCUGCACCCCACCUCACAAAUUGAGAAGCUGCUAGAUAAGGAGGAUGUGACACUGCAAGAGUUGAUGGAUGAAGAUGACAUCCUUCAGGAGUGCAAAGCCCUAAACCGUCAGCUGCUGCUUUUCCUGUGUCAAGAUCACUGCAUGGAAGAGCUGAUAAACCUCAUAACUCAGGAACCACCUGCAGAUAUGGAGGAAAAGAUACGCUUUAAGUAUUCCAACAUUGCCUGUGAGCUUCUGACAUCCGAUGUGAGUCAUAUUAAUGAUAAACUUGGAGGGGACGAAUCUUUGCUUGAUAUACUGUAUAAAUUCUUGGAACAGGAACCACCUCUUAAUCCCCUACUUGCGAGCUUCUUCAGUAAAACUAUUGGAAAUCUCAUAGCAAGAAAAACACAACAGGUCAUUAGCUUUUUAAGAAAGAAGGAUGGCUUUAUUAGUCUUGUGCUUAAACAUAUUGAUACAUCAGCAAUGAUGGACUUGCUUCUUCGUCUCAUUAGCUGUGUGGAACCAGCUACUUUACGGCAAGAGGUUUUAAAUUGGCUGAAUGAAGAGAAGUUAAUUCAGAGACUUAUUGAACUUAUUCAUACAAGCCAGUGUGAACAGAAACAAUCUAAUGCUUCCCAAACCUUAUGUGACGUCAUCAGACUGAGCAGAGACCAGGCAACUCAACUGCAGGAUACUGUUGAGCCUGAUCCAUUACUUACUGUACUACAGUCGCAAGAAAGUGUUGAGGAACUUUUGAAGAACAUGUUUGAGGGUGACAAGAGUGAAAGCUGUCUGGUAAAUGGAACUCAAGUGCUACUUACAUUAUUGGAAACUAGGAGGCCUGGGGUGGAUGGGCUUUUGGAUUUGUGUACUCAGGGAUAUGAACGGUCUUACACUGUUAGUAGCAGCAUUUUGCAAGGUAUUGAACCUCACUUGAAGGAUUUCCAGCAGCUUCUUCUGGAUCCUCCUAAGAAAAGUGCAAUAUUAACCACAAUUGGAGUCUUAGAAGAGCCACUGGGAAAUACUCGUCUUCAUGUAGCCAGACUCAUUGCCUCCUUGCUUCAAACAAAUACACCCAAUGUAAAUGAAGAACUAUGCAGGCUAAAUACCAUGGAUACUUUACUUGAUUUGUUUUUUAAAUAUAUCUGGAAUAACUUUUUGCACUGCCAAGUAGAACUGUGUGUAGCAGCAGUUCUGAAUCAUUCAUCACAUGAGGAAAAAGUAGUAGCAAAUUCAGAAACUACGGAAGAUCACAACAAGACUGUAAAUCCAGAUGAGGUCACGACGAGCUCUGAAAGCAUAUUGGUAAAACAUCUUUUUCAGAACUGCCGGUUGGUUCAAAGGAUACUUGAUGCUUGGGAAGAAAAUGACAGAAUACAAUUGGAAGAUGGAAUGAGAAGAGGAUACAUGGGCCAUCUUACAAGAAUAGCAAAUAUUGUAGUACAAAACUUGGAGAAAGGGCCUAUUCAAGCACAAAUCAGUGAUCUCAUCAAAGAACUUCCUGAAGACUGCAGAGGUCGUUGGGAAACAUUUGUUUUAGAGACACUUACGGAGACAAAUCAGAGAAACACUGUUGACUUGGUGAGCACACAUAACUUGCAUUCUUCCAGUGAGGAUGAUGAUAUUGAAAGCACUUUCACCAACGAAUUGUCACUUCAGCAGGCAUUUUCAGACUACCAGAUUCAGCAAAUGACAGCUAGCUUUGUUGACCAAUUUGGAUUUAAUGAUGAAGAAUUUGCCGAACAAGACGACAGUAUAAAUGCCACGUUUGACAGGAUUGCUGAAAUAAAUUUUACACUGGAGGCUGAUGAUGAUAGUCCAAAUGGAGGCAUAUUUGAAGCAUGUUAUAAAGAACGAAUUCAACAAUUUGAUGAUAAAGAAGAUGAAGAAGAUAUAUGGGAAGAGAAAGAAAUAAACUAUGCAACGCAAGUCAAAUCAAGAACAAGGUUUGGCAUUUCUCGUACCUCAGAAAGCUCCUCAAAAAGUGACUUGGAAAACGGUGAUCAAGAUGGUAGUAUUGGUUCAGAAGAUGAUGAACCCGAGUCAAAGCCAGAAGUAGGAGCUGAAAAACAAAAUAGUGGAAAAAAAGAGUUUCAAGAGGACAGUCCACAAUCACCAGAAAAUGCCACCAGGACAGCAACAUUUGAAGAUACAGUGAACUCUAAGCCCCCACCAGCUUGUGUUGCUGUGGACAUUGGCUCUAGUGUUUGGGAUAAAACCACUGGCUCUCGUGAUAAAGCAGAAAAUGAGGAGAAAGGAUGGGCAAAAUUCACAGACUUUCAAGCUUUCUGCUGCUCAGAAUCUGUUCCCAGAUGUAGCUCACCGGUUGACACGGACAGUAAUGAUUCUAAUGGACAUUCCAAGCAAAACCAAGAAAAAAAUUUUAGUGCAACUUCACCUUGUGUCUGGAAUGUUUGUGUGGCACGUAAAGCACCUUUGGUGGCAUCUGACAGCAGUUCGUCUGGUGAAUCGGAAAGUGAUGAAGAUGAAGAUAAAGCAGGCAUUGUCACCGAAACCAUAACAACAGGUUGUGGCCAUGAAACAAUCAAGCUGACUAUGGAUACCAAAAAUGAAAAAGCUGUUUUCACAAGAAUAUUUAGGCCUGCAGUCAGAGGUGAUGCUGAUUCCAUGUUAGACAAGUUGACCAUAAUGGAUGUGCCACAAAAAUCAGAAUUACCAAACAGGACAGAGACUUCAACAGACCCUCUGAAUUCUGCAGCCGCAGAAGAAGCAGCAAUAGGAUUAGCAGUACAGGACAAAAAAUGUGUUUCUGCUCCAAAAGAACACUUUUCAAAACUUUCAUUGAGAGAACUGCCAAAGAUCUUCUUAAUCUAUUUGGAAUGAAAGCUAGUGUGUCACAGGGCACACCCAUGCAGCAACAAUCAAGCUGAAAUCCAAGGAAUUCCAAGAUGUUAAUGAAAGUCAACUCUUGUUUCUUUAGAUUCUGGUAUGAAAUUGGAGCAUUUGAAGCAUACA